AUGCCUUCACCAAGAAACUCAGAAGAACUCCCGGUGGUUCUGCUAGAUGACCUGGACAUCAAGCUUUCUAUCCCGCGCUAUGUCAACGAGCUGGAAUCUCUCGUGGCACUUUUACAAAGGCCUACGGCAGGCGACAACGCAUCUGCAGCAGGAGCAGAACCAACACAAUACAGAGUGCUCAUCGUCGCACACAAUCUCGGAGCAAUCAUUGCCAUGUACUACGCCGCCAAAUACCCAGAAAACAUCCGCGACCUCGCACUACUCGGGCCCAGCCAAUAA